AUGCCUCAUGGUGGCAAGGCCUCCCAGGCGGACAAGCACAAGCGUGCGCACCGCGUGCAGCAGGCUUCGUUGAAACGGAAGCCCGCUUGCGCGACUCUCCAUUCUAAGAAGUUGUCUGGCAUUCGCAGGGUGUCGUUGACGAAGGGGAGCCGCAUCAGCAAGAAGUCGAUGAUGAAGAAGGGUAGGGCGGCAACUAAAAAAGAGGCCCCUGGUCCAUCCUACAUUCCUCCGAAUCAGAAACAAGUUGAUCGCCCUUCUCUCGCCGCGCUACCUAUAUCCAAGAGGAUCGCCGUGGUCGACAUGGCGCGCAUCAGUCCCGAGCUCCUCGCGCGUAUCAUGAUAGAGAUCGGGGUGCUACCAGAUCUGGGGGGCGAGUGCACGGCGUGCCAGUGCGGCACAAUGGAGUUGAAGCUUCGGGGCGGCCAGUCGGACAAGGACAUCCAGAGGCGCGAGUCGAACCUCGACCCGAAGGGCCCUCUGAAGGAGUUGUUCAACAAGGGCUCCGUGAACACCACCCGCACCCUCCUCGCCAUCGCCCAUGCAGCAACCCAGCAUGCCUCGGGAUACGAGUCGUCGGACGAAAUGGCUGUGCAGGUGGGGAUAUCGAAGAAUGCAGCCCAGCGCAUCACUAGUGUCGUGCGGUCCAUCUGCGCCCGCGUUGCCAAGGCUGAGCAGGACGACAUUGUGUGGCCUCGCGGGUGCCUCGUUGAGGCCGACGAGGCGUCAAUGCGCGCUUGCCGCGUGACUUGCCCGCGAGAUUGUUGUGAUACGACGUGCGGCGAGCACCCUUUUGUGCGUUACCGCAUAUUACAUCACCGAUUCAUGUGCGUGUGUCCUCGGGGACAGCGCCAACUGGCGAUGUUUUUCGAGCUGCCCCAGCGGACCUGCGCCGCUGGGGGAAGCGGCGUUUCACUCAGUGGGCCCGAGUGCGACGAGAUCCUCUCUAGGGUUCUCGUGCCUGGCAAUUUCACGCUUUUGACGGAUGGCGCGGGCGCGUACCAGUCCGUAGCACCGAAAAGCCGUGCUGCUUACAGCGACAAGAGCAAAGACCCUCCUCGUUACAAUGCUGACCGCUUCAAGCUGCAUUAUAAGCAUCUGAAGCUAUCGCACGGCAUAGUUUCUCACGAUGCAGAACAGUGGGCCGUCGUCGACCGCGUGCGCGUCGUGCGCCCGAACGGGCGCACCGAGACUCUUCAUUUGGAAAAAGGCACGCAGUGUUGCGAUGGCCUCUGGCCUGAGAUGCGCGACAGCAUCCCAGACAGCGUCCACACUUCAGACUGGGAGCGUUGCCGCUCGUACUUGUGGGCUUGGGUGUGGCGCAUGCGGAGGUCAGGCAACGACCUGCUCCAGGAGUUUGGCCAGUCU